AUGAAUGAUGAUGAUGAUGAUGAUGAUGAUGAUGAUGAUGAUGAUGAUGAUGAUGAUGAUGAUGAUGAUGAUGAUGAUGAUGAUGAUGAUGAUGAUGAUGAUGAUGAUGAUGAUGAUGAUGAUGAUGAUGAUGAUGAUGAUGAUGAUGAUGAUGAUGAUGAUGAUGAUGAUGAUGAUGAUGAUGAUGAUGAUGAUGAUGAUGAUGAUGAUGAUGAUGAUGAUGAUGAUGAUGAUGAUGAUGAUGAUGAUGAUGAUGAUGAUGAUGAUGAUGAUGAUGAUGAUGAUGAUGAUGAUGAUGAUGAUGAUGAUGAUGAUGAUGAUGAUGAUGAUGAUGAUGAUGAUGAUGAUGAUGAUGAUGAUGAUGAUGAUGAUGAUGAUGAUGAUGAUGAUGAUGAUGAUGAUGAUGAUGAUGAUGAUGAUGAUGAUGAUGAUGAUGAUGAUGAUGAUGAUGAUGAUGAUGAUGAUGAUGAUGAUGAUGAUGAUGAUGAUGAUGAUGAUGAUGAUGAUGAUGAUGAUGAUGAUGAUGAUGAUGAUGAUGAUGAUGAUGAUGAUGAUGAUGAUGAUGAUGAUGAUGAUGAUGAUGAUGAUGAUGAUGAUGAUGAUGAUGAUGAUGAUGAUGAUGAUGAUGAUGAUGAUGAUGAUGAUGAUGAUGAUGAUGAUGAUGAUGAUGAUGAUGAUGAUGAUGAUGAUGAUGAUGAUGAUGAUGAUGAUGAUGAUGAUGAUGAUGAUGAUGAUGAUGAUGAUGAUGAUGAUGAUGAUGAUGAUGAUGAUGAUGAUGAUGAUGAUGAUGAUGAUGAUGAUGAUGAUGAUGAUGAUGAUGAUGAUGAUGAUGAUGAUGAUGAUGAUGAUGAUGAUGAUGAUGAUGAUGAUGAUGAUGAUGAUGAUGAUGAUGAUGAUGAUGAUGAUGAUGAUGAUGAUGAUGAUGAUGAUGAUGAUGAUGAUGAUGAUGAUGAUGAUGAUGAUGAUGAUGAUGAUGAUGAUGAUGAUGAUGAUGAUGAUGAUGAUGAUGAUGAUGAUGAUGAUGAUGAUGAUGAUGAUGAUGAUGAUGAUGAUGAUGAUGAUGAUGAUGAUGAUGAUGAUGAUGAUGAUGAUGAUGAUGAUGAUGAUGAUGAUGAUGAUGAUGAUGAUGAUGAUGAUGAUGAUGAUGAUGAUGAUGAUGAUGAUGAUGAUGAUGAUGAUGAUGAUGAUGAUGAUGAUGAUGAUGAUGAUGAUGAUGAUGAUGAUGAUGAUGAUGAUGAUGAUGAUGAUGAUGAUGAUGAUGAUGAUGAUGAUGAUGAUGAUGAUGAUGAUGAUGAUGAUGAUGAUGAUGAUGAUGAUGAUGAUGAUGAUGAUGAUGAUGAUGAUGAUGAUGAUGAUGAUGAUGAUGAUGAUGAUGAUGAUGAUGAUGAUGCUGAUGAUGAUGAUGAUGAUGAUGAUGAUGAUGAUGAUGAUGAUGAUGAUGAUGAUGAUGAUGAUGAUGAUGAUGAUGAUGAUGAUGAUGAUGAUGAUGAUGAUGAUGAUGAUGAUGAUGAUGAUGAUGAUGAUGAUGAUGAUGAUGAUGAUGAUGAUGAUGAUGAUGAUGAUGAUGAUGAUGAUGAUGAUGAUGAUGAUGAUGAUGAUGAUGAUGAUGAUGAUGAUGGUGAUGAUGAUGAUGAUGAUGAUGAUGAUGAUGAUGAUGAUGAUGAUGAUGAUGAUGAUGAUGAUGAUGAUGAUGAUGAUGAUGAUGAUGAUGAUGAUGAUGAUGAUGAUGAUGAUGAUGAUGAUGAUGAUGAUGAUGAUGAUGAUUAUGAUGAUGAUGAUGAUGAUGAUGAUGAUGAUGAUGAUGAUGAUGAUGAUGAUGAUGAUGAUGAUGAUGAUGAUGAUGAUGAUGAUGAUGAUGAUGAUGAUGAUGAUGAUGAUGAUGAUGAUGAUGAUGAUGAUGAUGAUGAUGAUGAUGAUGAUGAUGAUGAUGAUGAUGAUGAUGAUGAUGAUGAUGAUGAUGAUGAUGAUGAUGAUGAUGAUGAUGAUGAUGAUGAUGAUGAUGAUGAUGAUGAUGAUGAUGAUGAUGAUGAUGAUGAUGAUGAUGAUGAUGAUGAUGAUGAUGAUGAUGAUGAUGAUGAUGAUGAUGAUGAUGAUGAUGAUGAUGAUGAUGAUGAUGAUGAUGAUGAUGAUGAUGAUGAUGAUGAUGAUGAUGAUGAUGAUGAUGAUGAUGAUGAUGAUGAUGAUGAUGAUGAUGAUGAUGAUGAUGAUGAUGAUGAUGAUGAUGAUGAUGAUGAUGAUGAUGAUGAUGAUGAUGAUGAUGAUGAUGAUGAUGAUGAUGAUGAUGAUGAUGAUGAUGAUGAUGAUGAUGAUGAUGAUGAUGAUGAUGAUGAUGAUGAUGAUGAUGAUGAUGAUGAUGAUGAUGAUGAUGAUGAUGAUGAUGAUGAUGAUGAUGAUGAUGAUGAUGAUGAUGAUGAUGAUGAUGAUGAUGAUGAUGAUGAUGAUGAUGAUGAUGAUGAUGAUGAUGAUGAUGAUGAUGAUGAUGAUGAUGAUGAUGAUGAUGAUGAUGAUGAUGAUGAUGAUGAUGAUGAUGAUGAUGAUGAUGAUGAUGAUGAUGAUGAUGAUGAUGAUGAUGAUGAUGAUGAUGAUGAUGAUGAUGAUGAUGAUGAUGAUGAUGAUGAUGAUGAUGAUGAUGAUGAUGAUGAUGAUGAUGAUGAUGAUGAUGAUGAUGAUGAUGAUGAUGAUGAUGAUGAUGAUGAUGAUGAUGAUGAUGAUGAUGAUGAUGAUGAUGAUGAUGAUGAUGAUGAUGAUGAUGAUGAUGAUGAUGAUGAUGAUGAUGAUGAUGAUGAUGAUGAUGAUGAUGAUGAUGAUGAUGAUGAUGAUGAUGAUGAUGAUGAUGAUGAUGAUGAUGAUGAUGAUGAUGAUGAUGAUGAUGAUGAUGAUGAUGAUGAUGAUGAUGAUGAUGAUGAUGAUGAUGAUGAUGAUGAUGAUGAUGAUGAUGAUGAUGAUGAUGAUGAUGAUGAUGAUGAUGAUGAUGAUGAUGAUGAUGAUGAUGAUGAUGAUGAUGAUGAUGAUGAUGAUGAUGAUGAUGAUGAUGAUGAUGAUGAUGAUGAUGAUGAUGAUGAUGAUGAUGAUGAUGAUGAUGAUGAUGAUGAUGCAACAAUAAAUAACAUUCUGAAAGCACAAAUACUGUUUAUCAUUUUGUUGAACUGA